AAAUUACGUCUGAAAACCUUUGACAAGUCGUCUCCAAGUCCUUCCGCGGCCCAUUAGGACGUUUCAAAGUUUAAAAUAUGAUCCGCCUUGGAGAUCCACCCAUCCUUCCAUCUUCUUGUGCUUAUCCAAGCAGGGAAGGACUGACUUUCUUCUCCUCAACCACUUCCUGGGUCUUUUUACCUUGUCUUUGCAGUCUAUUUAAUUGAAUAUAAGUUGAAAAGCAUUUGCAAGUCAUUGUAUUCUGUUUUUUAUUUACCAUUUACACAACAUGCCAACUUCACCGGUUUUGUGUUUUAUUUUGAAACUAACCCCGGUCAUUUAUUUUGUGAUUGUGCAUGACUUCCUGUCCAACACCGUAGAUUUUCGCUAACUUGAUCCGCCGUGUUGAGGAACUGGCCAAAUUAGAAUCUCAUUGGCGGUUUAAAAAGGACACAUUGACGUCAAUCACAAUCUAAACAGUCUGCUGGUGAUUAUAUGAACCGCAGCCAUGACGCAUCCUGUGGAAAUGAAAGCGUAAUUUACCAUGACAACCGAAUCAGGCGCAGACUCGGAGGCCAAGCAGCAGCAGCAGGAGAGCACAGAGACUCAGAAGGAGAACCCUAAAGCAGCUGAACUCGCCGUGUCUCCGAACCCGCCUGAGCAGCUUCCUCCCGCCGUGGGACACAGCACUCCGGCCAGGAAAGAACAGGAGCAGCAGGACGACCAAUUGUCCCACCAGUCGUCCACCAGUCGUCUCUCCAGGUCUCCUUUAAAAGGAGCCAAGAAGGUUAAAAUCAUGCAAUGCAAAGUGACACUGCUGGACGGCUCUGACUACUUCCUCAAUGUGGAGAAACGGGUCAAGGGCCAAGUUCUCUUUGACAAAGUGUGUGAUCACCUCAAUCUGCUGGAGAAGGACUACUUUGGCAUCACUUAUAGAGAUUUAGAGAAUCAGAAGAAUUGGCUCGACCCUUCCAAGGACUUAAAAAGGCAGAUAAGAGCAUUGCCCUGGAAUUUUGCCUUCAAUGUGAAGUUUUACCCUCCAGACCCGUCCCAGUUGACCGAGGAUAUCACCAGGUACUACCUAUGCCUGCAGUUGAGAGAUGACGUGGUUUCGGGCCGCCUGCCCUGUUCCUUCGCCACGCACACCGUCCUGGGCUCGUACACGGUGCAGUCGGAACUGGGCGACUACGACCCAGAGGAGCUGGCCAGUGAUUAUAUCAGCGAGCUGCGCUUCGCACCCAACCAGACCAAAGAGCUGGAGGAGAAGGUUAUGGAGCUCCACAAGACUUACAAGGGGAUGACACCAGCAGAAGCCGAAAUACAUUUCCUGGAGAAUGCAAAGAAGCUGUCCAUGUAUGGUGUGGAUCUUCACCAUGCUAAGUUGGUAGGGCGUCUCUAUGAAGGCUUGGCUCGCGCCGAGGGAGAGGACUCAGAGGGCGUGGAGAUCAUGCUGGGAGUGUGUGCGAGCGGUCUCCUCAUCUACAGAGACAGGUUGCGCAUCAACAGGUUCGCCUGGCCCAAAAUCCUCAAGAUUUCCUAUAAGAGGAACAACUUCUACAUCAAAAUACGCCCCGGCGAGUUUGAGCAGUUUGAAAGCACCAUCGGUUUCAAGCUUCCAAACCACCGUGCUGCUAAACGGCUGUGGAAGGUCUGUGUGGAACACCACACUUUCUUCAGGCUAGUGUCCCCCGAGGCGCCCCCAAAGAAGUUCCUCAGCCUGGGCUCCAAGUUCCGCUACAGCGGCAGGACGCAGGCUCAAACCCGCCGGGCCAGCUCGCUGAUCAUUAGACCCGCCCCCCUCUUUGAACGCUCGGCCAGUAAGCGUUACACCAUGUCUCGCAGCUUGGACGGAGCUCCCAUAACGGAGAACCACGAGACUCUGAUGAAGGACAGCGAUGGAACCAGGGGAGACAUCAUCACCACAGUGACCACAGAAAAGAAGGCAGAAGAAGAGAAGGCGGAGCAGGAGGAUGCCAAGGAGCCGACCGACACUGCUGCCACGAUGACACUGCGACAGGAAACCAAGCGCACCCCCUGUUUGUUCACUACCAGCCCCCUCGCCUCUGAGCUCUCACUCCCUUCAUCUCCCGUGUCGUCAACUAAAGUGCGCCGGCGACGCGGGGAGAACGCGCGGAAACGGGCCUCGUCGGUUAGCCCAGAAAAGAACAAUGCCGGCCACCGGCGCCAGCAGGCCCGCUCGGAGCGCAAAACGGCUUUGCUGGAGGAGCGGGCGCUGCUGUUGUCAGCCCGCAAACAGCGGCUGGAGCAGGGCAAGGCAGUUGGAGGCACUCUAUUCUCCUUCUCCCUGCACCUACCCGACUUGUCAUCCAUCCUCGACGAGGACGGCUACAUCAGCUUCCCCGAUCUGUCGGAGAUGCGCUUCCUCCCGGAGUGCGCGCAGAACUUCAUCCCCAUCAAAUCGCCUUCGCUCAUCCCCUGUUUCCUCUUCAUCUUCUUCUUCCUGCUGUCCACCUCCUUCUCUGUGCCCUACGCUCUCACUCUCUCUUUCCCCCUGGCGCUGUGCCUCUGCUACCUGGAGCCCAAGGCAACCUCCUUGACCACCUGCAUAGCCCAGGGCUACCAUGACCAUGACAGUUCAGAGGACGAGGAGACCGACAGCGAGCAAACCGACUUUGCCCUGGACGGAGAUAUGACCGCCACUGAGUCGGACGCAGAUGAUGACUCUGAGAUGCGCACUCAGGACACUGAGCCCCCUGCAGAGAUGGUCAAGCACCAGACCAACAUCAGCGAGCUCAAGCGGUCCUUCCUGGAGACGGACGGUGCCGUCCCCGGCCUUACGGAAUGGGAGAGGAGGCUCUCCUCGUCCCCGGCUUGCGAGGCGCCCAUGAUAGAGCCUCUGAACCUGCAGGACAAUGAAGAUAAGAUGUCCGUCGGAGAUGAGAAAAAGGAGGAAGCGAAAGCUACUGAGACAACAGGAAAUGUGCUGAAUUGCGCCGCGGACAUUAGCUUCCUGACUGAUGGAGCCCCCUUCCACGAGCUACAAGCAAUUAGCCCGUCCGCUGCUAUGGACGAUGAUGUUUUCGAGGACGGGAGCCCCAGGCAGAAGAAAACCCCUGACUCUCAGGAGGAGUUUUCCGAGAAGUCCCUGGCAAAGCUAAGCCCGGGGUCCGUCAGGGAGGAAGUGUCCCAAGCCAUCAUAGACAAGAGAGGAAUGCUUAUCAUUUUAAAGGAGCCAGAGGACAGAGAAGAAGAGAAAGAACAUCACCAAUCGGUCAUUAAAGCCCGAAGUACCUCUGUCAACAAGAUCGAGACGGUGAUGGAAGACCUGUCCCAGAUUAAAGCCGUCGGCUCGCCUAAGAAAGCCAUGGCAUCCUGGGUGUCGGAGGUGGUGAAGGCGGAGGAGUCUGAGGUCUUCAGCGUGUUGUCGGAGGAGAUGAAGACCAUAGAGGAGCCUCGCCACAAAGUGGAUGCUGUCCGGGAGCAGUCCCAGACCAAUGUGGCUCAGAUUACAUCCCCAGAGACAACACCCUUAGACGUGUCAACUCAUGGAUGGGUUUCCUCUUUCACUUCCCAAAAGACAUCAGUGGGUCCGGAGCACAAGGCGGUUGUCGCCUUAGAGACUGACGCGGCGCCAGCAGAUUGUGUGCAUCCUGACGAGGACACGGUCUGCGCUAAAGAGAUGCCGGUGAUUCACACCGAGACCAAGACCAUCACCUACGAGUCUUCAGCGGGCGACAUGAACGGCGACGCAGACCCGGGUGUGCUACUGAGCGCUCAGACCAUCACUUCGGAAACCACCAGCACCACCACAACCACACACAUCACAAAGACUGUGAAAGGAGGGGUUUCAGAGACCAGAAUCGAGAAACGGAUUGUCAUCACAGGAGACUCGGAUAUCGAUCACGAUGAGGCUCUGGCUCAGGCCAUAAAGGAGGCUAAAGAACAGCAUCCUGACAUGUCAGUGACCAAAGUAGUGGUACAUAAAGAGACAGAGAUCACGCCAGAGGAGGGGGAGGACUGACCCAGGACUAACAGCUGCAUCCAACAAUUCCACAUAUGACGCCGGGAAUAUAAAGCCUCCUCUUCCUCUCCCUCUUCCUCCUCCAAAUGUUGCAGCUUGCCCGCUAGUCGCAACCAUCCAACCUGCAGAAGUAAAAAUCAAUGCAUGAUGCGACGACGCAAUACGGCAUUAUUAUUAUUAUUAUUAUUAUUAUUAUUAUUAUUAUUAUUAUUAUUAUCCCACGCCCUGUGAGAUUACCCUGGAAAGUUAGUUUUUAAAGAUGAUUAAUAAUAAUGGUCCUCACGCCCGUGUUAAGCAAAGUUGCUUUCACUGCCUUAUCCCGUUUUUAAAAUGACCGGGUCUUUGUUGUAGCGGGUUUUAUUUUUUAUUGAUGUCGCCAAGCCACAUCACUCCAGAAUUAUUCUGUCACGGCGGCAAGUAUUCACCCUCCCUGCUAGCUGGUGUUUGCCACUAAAUACAACUUAGCUCAGCAGAAAGAUUUCCUCAUUUGUACUUGAACUGAAAUUUUUUUUUAAUAUUAGUAUUUUAUGUUUUGGUUGUCAUGGAAACCAUCAAAGCUACGACAAGGCCAGGUGUAUUCUGAAAAGGAAGCAAGUAGAUGCUAACGUGCCUGCGCAAGGCUUUGAGCGUCCCCCGAGGGGAGACCACGUCGCUGCCAGGUUGAGCGUGAGGACUCCACCUUUCCCGAAUUGUGACGUGUCCGCCGUGCUCCUCAACACUAGCCAAGUAUUCUCCACUCUCACCUCUUGUACUCCUGAUCGGUGAUAUUAAAAAAAAAACGUGGCAGAUGUCAAGUGUCUUUGUUCUGAAUUGUUUGCCGAUUAAUAAAAAGUUGAUAUCACAACUGAAA